AUGACGCUGUCAGUGCCAGAAUGCACGGAAGUGAGUCGGAUGCGGAUCGCAAACAGCCGAAAGAUGAGCCUUGGGAACGCUCCACUUCUCGCCAACGGAAGGCCUAGUCCACCUCCUAGAAGAACUAGUCUCGCUGGUUUGAUAUUUCUUAAAAUCUUCAAGUUUUUAAAUAUUACCGACCAAUUCAAAAACAAAAAGCUCUCAUGUUUGGAAAUUGCAUGAAAAGGAAACAAACCGCGUUUUUCACUUUUUCUUUGCAAUUUUGUUUUUGAAAGCCAGCUCAUUUCGCUCCAUCUCAGUUUUUCGAUCAGCUUUUCCAGAAUAAUCGUUCGCUUUUUUUUUAGUAUGCUAUUUGAAUUCUUCAUUUUUCCUCAUCCAGCCAAAAAUUUUGGAGGAAUCUUCAGUUUUUUUGCGAUUUCUAAAUAACUCCAUUUGAGAUAUUCUCUAGAAAUGUUCAAAAAAAUAGUUGUUGAAUCGUUUUGAAUAUAGUUACCAUAUAUCACAAAAAUCAUCAUAAUCAUCAUCAUGUCACAGAAAAAAACCCGUCAUUUUUCCGGAUUUUUUUCCUCUAUAAAGUUUUUUUCCAACAAGGAUAGCUACUAUUCAGAGACGUCAAAACUUGAAUAAAAUGUUUCCCUAAAAAAAACUCCCCUUUUGAGUCGAAAGAUAAAAAAUCAGGAAUUUACAAAAAAAAAAUGAUCUACGGCUUUUGCUGAACAAUCUAGAAACUUCGUCAUGAGUGAGGUGCAAUCGCUAGACUGUAGGGACUUUUGAUCCGAAGAUCUGUUCUCUGAGAGCCAACUCCCGAAGAACCAUUAGAUACCACACAUUAUAGUUUUAUAACAGGCUUCCAACCCUAAAAGCACCGAAAAAGAUGAAGAAAGUGGUCCCUCGGCAUUAGAGGAGGCAUGUUCCAUUUGGGAAAAUGAACGUGAUAUUGGCCGGCUCUUCUGGAGCGGCUCGUUCUCGCAUUACUCAUGUCGCGCGUCGGUCCUCCUCUCCUUUCUCACAGCUUUUGUUUGUUUUUGAAUCCAUUAAAACAGUUCAGAAGCCUUCUCGGAAAGCAUCCGCACGCUGGCGUUCACCGCACGACGAAACUCUUCUCCGCUCUACCGGAAAUCCACCAAGAAGACUAAAAAGAGCCGCUUGGUCGCCAAAAAUGGCAUUUGCAAUGUCUACAAUACCAAUGUGCCUAAGAAGGACAGACAGUACCUGAGGUUACUGUUUCAAAUUUUUCAAUGUUUUCAUUUCUUAGAGGCUACUUUUAAUUGAAAUCAUCGAAAUUUUUGCUUUUUUUGUAGUUGCGAAUUCGAAAAUCAUGAGAUGAUUUUAAUUCAGUUAGCUCCCAAAUUCUCCGAGAAAAGUAGCGGAAAAAUGAUAUGCCUGUUUCAAUGACGAAGCUCAUCAUUAUAACUCCAUCACUGUAGUAUUCUAAGCGUCUCCAGUAGAAAAUCAUUUCUCAAAAUUAUUUUUCCGAUUGAAAAAGAUUUCAUUCUGCAAUAUAUUUAUUUUUUUAGGGAUAUUUUCACAACUCUGAUUGACGUCAAAUGGAGGUACAUGUUGUUGCUUUUUCGCCUCGGCUUUCGUUUUGAGGUAAGCUUUCCAAAAAAAGAUAAAUAAAAAGCUAAUUAUUCAGUUGGAGCGUUUUUUUGGCACUGCGUAUUACCUUAUUGCUUUGGUGCACGGGGAUUUGAGUGAAGGGCUGAGAAAUUAUACCGAAUGCAUCGUUAAUAUCGAUUCUUAUUAUUCUUCCUUUCUUUUUGCUGUCGAAACACAUCACACGAUAGGAUACGGUCACAGGUUCGAUUAGCUUUCUUCAAAAGGUUUUAUUAAUUGUGAGAUUUUAGGUACAUAACAACCGAGUGCUUGAGUGCGGGACUUGUGGUGUGCGUUCAGGCCGUUUGCGCGCUACUUCUCCAAUCUUUCAUGGUCGGAAUAGUCUUUGCAAAAAUGGCUAGACCGAAAAAGCGAGCUGAAACUAUCAUUUACAGGUUUGCCUUGGGAAAAUCGUUCAGAAGCAUGAAAUUCGGUUGGAAAAAAUGAGCUCUAAAAAUUGUAGAGUCUAUGUUCAUUUAAAGCUUUUCAAGGAAACACUCCGAGCUUAAUUUUUGCCAAUAAUCCUCAACCUUAAAUAAAUUGAAAAACCCGCGUUAGCUUCUUUAACACUAUAAAUAAAAAAAAUUCUUCUGAGAAAAUCAACUUUUGAAACAAAUUUUGAAUACGCACCGAAACGCUUGCACUUCUUUGAAUGAUAAAGAUGCAAACGCCGCAGGUUUCUGUUUAAAUUUGAAAAAUAUAUGGACUAUGAAGCACACCUGACAAACUUUUUCUUACUUUUCAAUGUGUCGGCAAAUUUCGAGAGCUUUUUCAUGCUAUUUUAUUGAAUAGAGAAAAAAUGUUUCUUGAAGAAUUUCACAGUUAGGGUUUUGAUAUUAAGCGAGAAUUUUGCUCUAAGUCCCUUGGUUUUUUUAUGCACCGAUAAAAAAAUCUGACUAUUUCUUCGAUCUGAGAAAGAACUCCUGAUUCACAAAGUAGAUAUAUUCAAAUUUUAAAAAUUCGAUAAAAAUCCGAAAUUGUCGAUUUUUCUUCUAAGUUUUGAAACAAAGGACUUCCGACGAAAUCUUUUUGAAAUUCAAUCUAAUCCUUUAAUGGUUAAUCAAUUUGAUUUUCUCGUCAGCUUUAUCUUGUUAAGGUACUCGAAAAUAUUUCACAACUCGGUAACCAAAGAUUCGCGACUAUAUUUAGCAAUAAAUUAGAGUAGUGUUCUUUGAAUUACAGCGACAAGGCAGUCAUUUGUUUGCGAGAUGGUCAACUUUGUUUUCUUUGUCGAGUGGGGGACAUGAGAAACACGCACCUCGUGGAGGCUCACGUUCGUCUUCAGUUCAUUACCGACCGCGAAACUCUCGAGGGCGAGGUUUGGACAGCAUGAAACCGCAAUCUGAUGUUAUUUUUUUUCCAGAUUGAACCAUUACAUCAGUUCGAAAUGAAAGUUGGUCCUUCCAUCACUGAUGACGACCGCUUGUUUUUGGUGACUUUUUGUUGACUUAGAGUUCUUGGAAAACAACGAAUGGCUUAGUUUUCAAGUAUUUUUGUGGUUCAUUAGGCAAAAUAAGCGAGCUUCCGGGUUUUUGAAGUGGUCUAUACAACUUCUUGAAGAGAAAUCGGGGUCGUCUUGAUUUUAAGAAUUUCGAAGUGAGUCAUAGUUCAUAAUCAUUUUCUGAGAGAAAAUAAGCAAAAAAAAAAACACUUUUUUUCAAAAAAAAAAAAAGAGAAACUUGACUUGAAAAAAAUUCGAGCUUUUUGGGCCAGGACGGCCAUUUUUGCUUGACGCCUCCCUAAGGCCGUCGUGCUGGGCCGGGUUUGGAAAAUGGCUAGGGUCGGCCCUCACACAAGCCUGGUUAAAAGUCAUACGAAACUUUGAAGAAUUAUUUGAUUAUUCGCAUGAAAAAUUGAGAUAAAAUUUUGCUCUCAUAACUUUCAACAUCAUAGUAAUCGUUCUCUCCUACUCAAGGUAUGGCCUACUACCCUUUGCCAUGUCAUUGACCAACGAAGCCCUCUGUACAACUACAACGCGCAGUCUUUGAUGUCAGCCCAGUUCGAAAUAAUAGUGUUACUCGAAGGAAUCGUAGAAUCUACGGGAAUGACUGCCCAAGCAAAGACAAGUUACCUUCCUUCCGAAGUUUUAUGGGGACACAGGUUUGUUCCCUUCUCUAUAGUAUAAUAAAACUUUCUCGGUUUUCAGAUUCAGAAAGCUGGUGACCUAUCAACGGUCAAACGGCUCGUAUCAGAUCGACUACGACUUGUUCAACAGUACCUAUCCGGUCAGGACACCUGGUUGCAGUGCUUCUGAGUACUACUCCCAGAAAGUCAAUGUAAAUAAUUCAUGGACUUCCGUCACGCAGAGAGAGAGAUUUCAGCCCAAAGAAUAUUACUGUCACGACAGUCAUGAACAUAAACUGGAAGAAAACAGAUCUUCUGACUCCACUCCCUUGCCGUCGCCUUCACCUUUCAGCUAUCCUGGCACGCCGACGAACAAUUUCUCCCAGCAACCAAAUCGUUUUGGCUCGGAGGUUUGGUUUUGAUUUUCCGAUUUUGUAUGAAGGAUGAUUCGAUUGAAAAUUACAAGAAAAGAAUUCAUAGCUUUUGAGUCAAUGAACUAUUUUGAAUCAGGAAAGUUACCUUUUUUUCAAUUAUUUUGUGUAGAUUUUGGUUGCCUUGGCUGAAAAUUCGAAAAAAAAAAUACAAACAGUUUUCUACGGAAAUUUUUUCUAUCCAAGAAUACUUGAAUUUUGGCUUUAUAAUACCACAAAUAACUUGGAAACUGUCUCUGAGGUCUGGAUUUCCAUACCAGCUCCGAAAAACUGAAUAAUUAUUAAUGAAAAGCCAACGUCCCUGUCUCUACAUGAUGAUAUUAUGAAGUAGAUGGAAAAUUAUUGUACAGGAAUUUUUGAAAAAACAUGGCUUAUUUCGGAUUAAUAGGCAUCUGCACAGUGUAAAAAAUCUACUGAAACGGUAGCUCAAUAAUCUAGCUUCAUUGCAUUUAUCUGUUGAAAAAUCAAAAAAAAAAAUCGCGAGCAACUUUUGUCACUUUUUCAUCUCAAUUGUUCAUUCCCUUUUCCUAUGUUUUAAAAAAUACUAUUGGGAUCUCAGAAAGUGACCAGCGAUUCUGGGAUGUUAUGUCCCCCUACAAUCGUCGUGCAAUGCCCUUCUGCAUGUACGUCUCCUAAUCAUCUGCGACGGAUUCGGAACAACUUGGACAGCGGUCGAACCAGGCAAGAGUUAAGACAGGAGCUACAGUAACGUUUUUGUACUUGACUCGGAAAAUUAGUGGUAGGGCUCGUUACUGUGGUUCAUUUUAACCAUGUCAAAGUUUUGAUUUCAAAUCAUAGAAGUGCAGGUCUUUCAGCAGCAGCUGCGACCUGACCCGGCCAAGCACAGCGCUGUCGGACCUCGAAGAGGAGUGUUCAGAACCAGGCUCACCAACAAAAUGCGUUUCUCCUUCCAACCCCAUAAGUAUCGAAGUAGUCAAUGAAACGUAA